AUGUGGCCAAGUGAUCCCAGUAACGAUUUCAAGAAAUCAGAAGGCAAGAAAAAGUCCGGAAAUCAAAAGUACGUUGGAAAGGAACCUGAAUUCAAAUCGCAUUCUUUCAGUGAUAACGAAAGCAAAACGAUAUGUUCCCCUGGUACCCUAAACGAUGGCAGUUCGAAAUCAAACGAUGUCGUGAACAGUGAUUAUUCUUCAGACGGGGAUGAGGGAUGUUCCUCUGCGGCUUCUACCCUCAGCAUGUUCCGCAGUCCUUCCCCAUCUACUUGCACCGGUCUCCCAACCGGUGAUUCUCCCGUGGAUUUACGGCGUGCGGUUGGCGACGCGACCGAUGAGCAACAUGUACCUCAUGUCUUUGCACCAGGCCAGCAAGCCCAACCUAGGCGAUGCUUGCUUUGGGCCUGUAAAGCCUGUAAGAGGAAAUCUGUGGUCGUAGACCGCAGGAAGGCUGCUACCAUGAGAGAAAGGCGACGGUUGAGAAAGGUGAACGAAGCUUUCGAGACGCUGAAGAGGCGGACAAAUCAUAAUCCAAAUCAGAGACUACCUAAAGUUGAGAUCUUGAGGAAUGCUAUUGAAUACAUCGAAGGAUUGGAGGAGCUAUUGCAUGGGUCUUCUAGUCGAGAGGGAGAUUGUGAUAGCAGCGGCAGUGACUAUGGGACUGUGAACAGCCCUCCUUAUAUCCGUGAUCAAUUCCAAAGAUAUCCAGAAAGGAACCAAUUUUCAGCAAUGAGUGAUUCAGCUGAAAUCGCUGGAAACAAUGUUUCCAGUCUCGAUUGCCUUUCUCUCAUCGUCCAAAGCAUCAACCCAUCAACAAAUUCUUUGUUAUCAGCAAUAACGAUGGAUCCUCAAAGUCCACUGCCAGAAUGA